AUGUGCGGCCCGCCGAUCGCCAUCUUCCAGCUCAUCCACGUGCCCCCCAGCUUACACUCGAUGGUCGCGGGUGCAGGUGCCGGCCUUGUCAGCUCGAUCGCGACGUGCCCGCUCGACGUAGUCAAGACGACCCUCCAGGCGCAGAGCGUUCCACGAGGUGCAAAGGGCUACGAGGGCGUGUCCAAGACCAUUGUCCGCAUCUACCGCCAGAACGGGUUGCGAGGCUUUUACCGCGGUCUCGGCCCAACAAUAGGUGGAUAUCUACCGACAUGGGGCAUCUAUUUCACCGUGUACGACUUUAUCAAGGACCGUUUGCGACGCGUGCCGCUCGCUGUCGCGCAUCCAGACACGUCGCAUGUCGCUGCAGCCAUGGCUGCAGGCGCAACCGGGACGAUACUCACAAACCCCCUGUGGGUUGUCAAGACGCGGUUUAUGGCCCAGGCGACAUUGCCUCCAUCAGCCCCGAGAUACCGCAACACGGUGCAGGCGUUCUACAGCAUCUACAAAACCGAGGGUAUCCGCGCGUUCUACAAGGGCUUGGUUCCGAGUCUGUUCGGCGUGACGCACGUCGCCGUCCAGUUCGGGUUGUAUGAGAAGAGCAAGUCGUGGGCGAGCCGCGACGGGCGACAGCUUACGCCUACGGCGAUUCUUGGUUGCUCGUCCGUGUCCAAGAUGAUCGCCUCGCUCGCGACGUACCCGCACGAGGUCUUGCGCACACGCAUCCAGGUACAGCGCAACCGGCCAGCUGGUCCUCCCCAGCCUCCACGGCCACCAGAAGGCGCCGUUAUGUCUUCCGGGCCGGGUCCCAUCGGUGCGCCUGUGGGCUCGUCAACAAGAGUGCCCCCGGCCGCGCUCUACUCGCCGCUCGUGACCGGCUCGGAGCCACCAUACCCUCAGAAGCCCGAUCAGCCCAUGUCGGGCAAUGGGAGAUUACGAAGAUGGCAACCCAAGCGCGGUGGCAUCAUCGACGUCUGCCGCCUCAUAUACCGCCAGGACGGGUGGCGCGGGUUCUACCGCGGCCUCAGCAUCAACCUCGUCCGCACCGUGCCCAGCUCGGCCGUCACCAUGCUGUCGUACGAGCUCAUUAUGCGCAAUCUAGCAUUGUCCUCUUCAUGA